AUGAGUAUGUUGAUGCCUAAUUGGAAACCAUUGGGUGAAUCACCUUUUACACAACUUAUUCGUAUGAAUGCAGCUUUAGAGGAAAUUCUUGACCAACCUGAUCUUUUAACUGAACUCAGAACAAAUAAUGAUCUUCAACAAUAUAUUUGUUCUCAAGCAAAUAUACAUAAAAUGGUAAGUUUUGUUUGUGGUCAUGGACAAGUAAAACAUCAAAUACUAUCAGGUGCUGUACUAUCUUCAGGGAUUGGGUGUGUUGUUGAUGCAGUAUUUCUUAAUGACAAAACGGGGUUAUAUAUGUUAAAACAAUUAACAUUUAAAAAUAAAAGACUUUCAGGAAUGACAUUAGAUUUGUUAUGUAAAGUUCUUUCAUCAUUACUAAUUCCUAUUCAAUCAAAAGAAUUUGUAUUAGUUCAAACAGUUGAUGGAUUUUUAGAAGGGUUAAUUUCAUAUAUGGAAAGUUAUAGUGUUUGUGAUUACAUUAUAGCUUUGUUAAAGUUAGAUGUUUUUCAUAUGAACAGUAGAAGUAUUCAAUGGUUUUGUGAACAUGGAUUUAUUACUAUGCUAUUAAACUCAUUUCUAGAAGAAAAUAUUUCAAUUGAUAAAGUUGAAAGUGCAGCAAGAAUUAUUGAUGAAAUUGUUAUUUGGCGUCAUAGUCAUCAAAUUGGUGCAGCAGCUAAUAUUUUCGUAGAUUUCUUUAAUAUUGAUAAAAAUUUAGAACAAUUUAUUUGUUGUGUAUUUUCUACCACAAUUAAAACAGUUCAAGAAAAUGGGUUAUUAAUUAUUAGCGAUAUGUUAGCCUCAAAUACUUCAAGAAGUGAAUUAUGUACAAUGCCUAUUGGAGGAUUACCUGCUAUUUAUAAAAACCUUGUUAAACAUUUUGAUAGUAUCAAACGACUAUUAACAACUUCAACAGAAAGUAAUAGUGGUCAGGUUGGACAAACAAAAAUCAAACUUGGUUUUAUUGUUCUUUCAUUAUUAUUAUCUAAUUAUUCUGUAAUUUAUAAAUUGGUUGAUGAGUUUGGAUUUAUCCAAUCUUUAUUAGAUAUUUUCUAUGAUGAAAGGCAUCAAUGUACUAUUUUCAGACAAAUUGUUUAUGAUAUUAUUAAUACUAUUGUCCAAAGGCCAGUAACAGAAAUUAAAUAUCAAUUAUUAAGAGAUAACAAAUUUUUAGAAAAAAGCGUUGAAUUUGAUAAAAGGGCAAUUGAGUUUCAUCAUCAACAUCACUAUUAUCCGGACUAUUAUCUUAUUAAUUCGACUUUGAUGUUCGAUAUUUAUAACAAUAGAGAAUUAACCUCUUCUAAGUUCUCAGCAACUAUUAAUAAUGAUUUAUUCUUAAAUUAUGUGAUUGAAGUUAUCAUUCCAAGAAAUGAAGAAAAAAGUACAUAUUUUGAACAAAAACAUAUCCCAGAUAAUUAUUUUGAUAGUAAUACAUAUACUAAUUUCUUAUUAAACUCACAAAAAAGAGGAGAUGAUGAUGAUUUUUGA